AUGUAUAAUGAGAUGCAAACGCGAAGUUAUACAAAUAUAUCCGCAGUGUCGAUAAUAAAUCUUUUAGAUAAGUCAAGAAUCCCAAAAGUUCAAUUAAAUCCUCCGGUAUAUCAAAUAUCGAAUAAAACUACUGCCGAGCGUUGUCUCGAUAUCUUGAAGUACAACCCUUGGCAUUCUGGAUACGUUGGAUUUGAUACGGAAACUACAGUCCGCAGGAUGAAAAACCCUCAUGUGGUUUCUAUGAUUCAAAUUGCUACACGCGAAAUUUGCUUUUUAUUUCAAGUAUAUUUAAUUACAAACGGGGAUUCCAAAAAGUUUCCUAGGAAACUACAGCAAUUCUUGAGCAAUAAAGAUAUUUUAAAGGUUGGGGUUAAUGCGAGCCAUGACGCAGGGUGGUUGGAAAAUUCUUAUAACAUCAAAUGCCAGGGAAUUGUGGAUAUCGAGAAUAUCGCCAAAGAGAAAGGAUACUCUGCGAGAUCUCUGUUGGAAUUAACGGCAAUGUUUGGAGAUGGAGAAUUGGUCUUAACGAAAACGAAGAAGAUUUUAAAAUGGAAUUUUGAUGCGCCUAAACUUGAUCCUGAAUUAGUUUCAUAUGCUUCGUCCGAUGCUUUUGCUGGAAUUCAGGUUUAUGAAAAUAUUCGCGUAGAUAAAAUGAAUUGCGUUUACUUGAAUUACGAAAAGGUUCACCCGAUGACUAGGGAAGAUGAGGAAAAGGAGAUUUACGAGUUACUUUUGCAAAACUACCCUAAAGGCAAGGCAAGUAACAUUCUUGAAUGCGCGGAGGAUUCGAUUUUAUGUUAA